UGUGUAGGUGUGCGUGUGCGGUGUUUUGUUUUUGCCAAAACUCCAGGCACAGUAACUCUCCAAGGACAUUGAAGGCUAUAAAUGUUGUCUUACAGGCAUUUAACAGUCACAAUGCGCAACUUGGCUGCCAUACCCUUGAUCUGGUCUCGGUGGCAUGGAUCUGUGCGUUACCAUCAGAGGUGUCUCCUUCCUUUUGCAAACAGGAAUCGGCAUCCUGGGGAACACCAUUGUGCAGCUGGCCUACGCCAACAUCGUCUACACCGAACGCAAACUCCUUCCCGUGGACAUGAUCCUGUGCCACCUGGCCCUGGCCAACCUGAUGAUCCUGAUGAUCCGCUGCGUGCCCCAGACCAUGACAGUGUUCGGGCUCACCAACUUGCUGGACGACCCAGGCUGCAAGAUGGUGAUUUACGGCUACCGCGUCGGCCGAGCGUUGUCAAUCUGCAUCACCUGCAUGCUCAGCGUGUUUCAGGCGGUCACCAUCGCACCCCCCGGACCAUGCCUGUCCAGACUAAAGUCUUCCCUUCCAGCCGUGGUCCUCCCCACCUUCGCUGGGCUCUGGUUCCUCAACAUGGUGAUAUACUUUCCAGCCCUUCUCUUUUCCACGGCUCCACGUAAUAGCACCAUCCCUGUUUUCACACUCAACCUGGGCUUCUGCCUCAUGGACUUCAGAAACAACAUGCUGUACAUCCUCCAAGGGGUUAUUGUUUCUGGAAGGGAUUUCUCCGUUGUGGCCUUGAUGUUGGUCUCCAGUGGUUAUAUCCUGCUACUUCUCCACCGUCACAGCCACCAGGUGAGAGGCGUCCGUCGAUCCCAUCCGGCCGAGACCAGAGCAGCCAAAACGGUGGUCACCCUGGUGGUCCUGUACGUCUUCUUCUUCGGCAUCGAUAACGUGAUCUGGAUCUACAUGCUGACCCAGGCCAAGGUGUCCCCCGUGGUGGCGGACAUGAGGGUGUUCUGUUCCUCCUGCUACGCGUUCCUCAGCCCAUACUUCAUCAUUUCCUCCAACAAGAAGGUCAAGGCCAGAAUCGUGUGUGUGGCCGAGCAGGAUCAGCCAGCAUCGAUGGACACUCAGGAGUCAAAAUGACUUCCUAUUUUUUGACAUUCUUUCACAAAAUCGUUCCCCGAGACCUUCUGCCAACAAGCUCUGCUGAACUCUAGCUGUUUCCCAUUCCAAAAUGUCUUUGAGUCCGUUUUU